AUGGUUUCCAGCCGAGCCUCUGCAUCCUCCAGCCGACGAACAAAGUCGACAAAGUCUACAGACCCAACAGAUGCCUCUUUUAAAUCCAGGCGAUCGUCUGCCUACGACGAAAAUUUCGAGCGGGAACUAAUUGACUACAAUGUGUACCCGGAAGGAUACGAAUAUCCAGGCGAUCGUCUGACCCCCAAACCCGAGAACAUUGGCCAAGCGCGUGUGGAGUUCUUGGCGCCCAGAGCCUCUCUCUCGCCAUCGCAUUUUCCCCAGUCGGCGUUCCGAGACUUGAAGAGGAAGAAUAAUACCAAGUCGAAGGGCACCAUCAUGCGUAAUGUGAUUCCGAUCAUUACUGGCGACGUUGACGCCCCGAACGAGGGCAACCUCCCAUUCACCAGCCUCGAAUCACUAACAGAGGGUGUGACGUUUAUGCCAGCACCAGGUUUCUUUGGCGGAGCCCGGCUAGGAGACCUCGACAAGGCGGCGAGAGAAGACCUGAGUCGGAUGAUUAUACCCACGAAACACGCCGACGUGGCAGUAGCGCCCAAUAAACCACUGGUUAACUAA